UUCUAUGAUUUUUAGGGCCAUACAGUUGAUUAACUUACUCCAGGAUCCUGCUCUUUCAGUUACCAUCGCUAUGAUGAUAUGUGUCUCUUACACCGAUAGCAAGAUAUUGCGUCGCCUAAUACUCUCCAAUCCAGGUAUUCCAGAAGAAAAAGACUCCGCUAUGAAAAUCUGCGAAUUCAUGUCUUUGUUGUUGCCCAGUAUCGAUGACGAGACUGUUUUCGCUAAAGCUUGUACUUACAGCAAAAAUCUGCUGGUAUCCUUAAAAACUGAUCACAAUAUCCUUCGGGUUUUUUGUAAAGAUAUCAGAAACAUCAGAUUUCUCUUGCUGAAAUUGAAAAAAGCGAAGGACGAGACAGGCUUAGAAAUUUUGGGGCUGUUGAAAAUAUUGGUGUUGAUACAGAAACGUAAUCACACAUUCAUAGAAGAGAAACUGGUAACCGACCUCACACCAUGUUUCCAUGGUACUCCUUCAAAAAUUGAAAAGGGUCUCGACCUUCUCCAUCUUGUCAUUUCAACGGAUAUCUUCAUUCAGCUUUCUCCUCUGAAGGUGCAGGCCGUUUUUCUUAAGCUUCUCGAUCUGUACAAAAAGCAAGAUUUGACAGUUAAAUGUUUGGUUUGUAUGACGGAAAUUCUCAAGAGAAAUCGUUGGAUAGCUUUCAUGUCUUGCACGAACUUAUUCGUUGAAGUAAACUGCAGUUUAGAAGUGAAGGAGUGUUCUUGGCGGGAAUUUGUGGAAUUUAUCCGGUGCUGGAUGAAAAUCUUAAAUAAUUACAGUGAUAGGGAAGCGGUUUACGAAGCACAUACAGAAAUCGUGAAGAAUUAUUUGGAGAGGGCCCUCUCUCUAUCACACAUGGUGGAUAAUCGUAUGUUCAAAAUGUUGAAAAAGUUGGAGAAAUUAAAUUCUACGAAUACCAUAGGGGCGUUAAUGUAGAAAAUACAUUGAUACUAUGCUGAAAGGAUAGUAAUAAGAAUAAAUGAUUAGUUACUCAAUGUUACAUUCGUAAAAGUUUUGAUAUACCCUCUGUUUGAUGUGUUUUAGGUUAAGUUGCACAACGAAUGUUGUUAGAACGUAUGAACCAUCUUACGAGUAUUACAUUCUGUAGAUAUUGUCAUAAUUUUUUUGGUUAAAUAAAUUAAAAUAUUUGAUUAGUAGA